GGUGACUAUCCUGACCUACCUGUCAAAUACUUUUUUGACAAAGACCCUUAUGCCAAAUAUGAUGACCAACAAAAUCGUAGAAAUUUUAAUGAACCUCUUCAUGCUGAAGAUGACAUGUACAAUAUGUGGUCCCCAGAUACUUUCCCAACUGAUUCCUACUCCUACGCUGUCAAAGCAAAUUUAAUAUUCUUAUCCUUCUGCAUAGUCUUUUUCGGUGGUUUGACUUAUAUAUCUUACGAGCACAAGCCUGCAAUGCCCAGAAAUUAUCCUCAUGGAGGUUUAGCUAAGGAUUUAGGUGCUAAAGAUGAAAAUGAUGCUCAUUUGUAUGCUGCUUUCAUUGAUCGC